GUCUGUCUGUGGUUUGGAAUAAAAGGAAAUGGAGCUGUGUCCUCACCGCCUUCUGCGGCAGAAUUGCUGCUAAAUAAAUUUCUCUGCGGCAUCAAACUGGAGAAUCAGAAAGCGCUCAGUCGCCGGAAGCUCAUAUUGCUAGCUUUCCCGCUGCCGAUAAAAUGCCAAAAUUCGUCCCUAGACAGCGGAAACAUAAAAAUAAACUAAAGGAAACCAAUCCCCCUCCCCAGCAAGAUACCAAUGUCAUCGAACUUGCGCCGGUCCCCAAGUCGGAGAAGGAAGAGAAGCGGCGGAAGUUGAGAGAAGAGUUGCGAGCACAGCAACCGAAGAUUUCUGGCAAGAAGCAAAAGAGACUUGAUAAAUAUAUUGAAACUAAAUUAAAGAAGGAUGAAAAUCUUAUACUUCUCAAAAAGCUUGCGGACGCAAAAAUAGAUACUAGUCAAUUACAAAGCUCAAGAAAUCUAGGGAAACAGAAAGGAAAAAAGGCUCGAUUCUCAGUGACGAAAAGCGAAUAUGGUAACACCUCUGUCCAACAAGCGCACGCCUCAGACAAUGAACCAAACGAGACCCAGCCGAUCAAGUCGGCAUUGUUCACCUCUGCCAUUGCGACUACUAGUACCACCAGUAAUACAGCUGGGCCUGGGAAGCUUGCUAUUGGAAGUGGCUUAAAGCGACCUCUGGAACUUGGAGAAGACGGGUUUCCUGUCAUGAAGAAGCGGAAACGUGCCCCAAAACCAAAGCCUAUUACAGAGGAGCCUGUCUGGGAUGGAUUCGAAAGCGAUAGAACCAAUGAUGCAACAGAAGACUCAGAACAUUCCGGUAGUGAUGCGAGUGAUGAUGAAGAUAGUUGCCCUGGAAGCGAUAUAGGAUCAGGACAAAGCGAUAGCGAGAAUGACGAAGAUGACGAACAGAACGACCAGUCUUCAAGUUCCGAUGACGACCCCGGCGAGCACACAAUAAUUCGACCACGAAGUUCAGCAUUUAAAGCAUGGGCGGUACAGCAAAUAAACGAAGCGGUUGGCUUUAAACCCACAGAACAUGCUUCUCCUCCAAUUUCUGUUUCCCAGCCAGAAAAGCCAGCGACGUCGCGCCCGGCCGAGGACGAACCUUUGCCUGCUGAAUUGCAAAUCCCAAAAGGAGAUCCGAAUAGAAAGGCCUUCGCCGUCCAAGUAAAUCGGCCUGAGGACAUACAGGCAUCGCGCCUCGGCCUACCCGUUGUUGGGGAGGAACAAAAAAUUAUGGAAGCUAUCCAUAAUAAUCCUUCGGUUGUCAUCUGGGGCGCUACAGGAAGUGGUAAAACUACACAGUUACCGCAGUUCCUCUUCGAAGCAGGAUACGGAAACCCUGAAAGCCCCAAUCCGGGGAUGAUCGGAAUAACUCAACCGAGACGAGUCGCAGCGGUCAGCAUGGCGAAGCGAGUUGCCGAUGAGCUAGGUCAAUUUUCAGACCAGGUUUCAUACCAGAUCCGAUUCGAUAGCACAGUGUCAAGCAAAACAGCAAUAAAAUUCAUGACAGAUGGUGUUUUGAUAAGAGAAAUCGCCCAAGAUUUCUCGCUUUCGAAGUAUUCGAUAAUUAUUAUUGACGAAGCCCACGAAAGGAGUGUUAACACAGACAUUCUCAUUGGUAUGGUGAGCAGAAUAGUGGAUCUGAGGAAAGCCAUGCACGCGGAAAACCCAUCUGUAAAGCCACUCAAGCUAGUUAUUAUGUCUGCUACUUUACGUAUAUCGGAUUUCCUCCAAAAUGAAAAUCUCUUCCGGCAAGGGCGGCCUCCAUUAGUCCAAGCUGAAGGACGUCAAUACCCUGUCACUAUCCAUUUUUCACGCCGCACGCAUAGCGAUUAUGUCGAAGAGGCUUUCCGAAAAGUCUCCAAGGGACAUAGGAAGCUGCCGCCGGGAGCAUUCCUUGUUUUUUUGACGGGGCAAGCAGAGAUUAAAGACCUAGCCAAGCGUCUUAAACAGACCUUCAGGUCUACGCAUGACACUGAUCCUUUCCGGGGUAAGGUUAAACUUUCAGCAGUGGAAGCCCCCUUAGAAACUGAGGAUAUUGAACUUGGAACAACAUCAGCGACCAUGUAUGAUGGUUACGACAGCGAUAUCGAGAUUAUAGGAUUAGACGAUGAUGAAAAUGACGAUGACGACUUUGACCAUGAAGAAGGCGCUGUUGAUUCAGGAACAAAAGUCCACGUCUUGCCUCUUUACUCCCAGCUCCCUACGAAGGAACAGAUGAAAGUGUUUGAGCCCGUGCCGGAGGGUUCCCGUCUCAUUGUCUUGGCCACCAAUGUGGCAGAGACAAGUUUGACGAUCCCCGGCAUUAGAUAUGUAUUUGACUGCGGCCGUUCCAAGGAAAAGCAAUACGACGUUGCGACUGGAGUUCAGAGUUUCCGGAUCGGAUGGAUAAGCAAAGCCAGUGCUAGCCAACGGGCUGGUCGAGCUGGAAGAACAGGCCCUGGGCAUUGCUACCGACUUUACUCUUCCGCUGUUUUUGAAGGUGAAUUCGAAGAGUAUACACAGCCGGAAAUCCUGCGGACACCAAUUGAAGGAGUUGUCUUGCAGAUGAAGAGCAUGGGGCUUCACCACGUUAUCAACUUUCCCUUUCCAACUCCACCGAAUCGAACGAGCCUUGCGAAAGCGGAAAAAUUACUGCGGAACCUUGGAGCCCUUACCUUGGAUGGCCAGGUCACUGACACGGGCCGCCAUCUUAGUCUUUACCCACUUUCCCCAAGGUUUGGCAAGAUGCUUCAAAUCGGCCAUCAGCACGGUUGUAUGCCCUACGCCGUGGCUUUGGUUUCUGCGCUCGCGGUAUCGGACCUCUUUGUCCAGGAAAACCAACUCGAUCUUAACCCCACGCGGAAGGGAGAUGACGAGGAGAAUAAAAUUUACACAAACGCGGAUAGGCUCGAGGAUACUGCGAGGGAAAUGCGACGCAAAGAUUAUAACCGCGCCCGCCGUAUCUUCAGCAAAUACGACGAUAAAUCUGACGCCCUGAAGUCCCUCGCAGCCGUAUGUGCGUACGCAUACGCAACAGAUGGCGACUCCUUCUGUUCCCAAAUGUUCCUCCGUCCCAACGCAAUGAAAGAAGCCUCCCAGCUUCGCCGCCAGCUUUAUGAGAUCGUCCGCAGCAAUAACCCGAGUAUCACGAACCCAUUCGAAUCACGCCUCCCUGAACCCACCGAUAAGCAACUCCGCGCUUUGAAGCAAAUCACCGCCGCAGGUUUCAUCGACCAUGUCGCAAUCCGCGCAGACAUGGCUCCCGUCCCGCCUGAAAUGCCCCGCAAGCCCCGUAGAGCCAUAGAUGUCCCCUACUUAACCCUCUUCUCAUCCCGCGACGGAUAUGCCAGAGAACUCGAUGAGAAAGCCGUAUAUAUCCAUCCCACUUCUGUCCUCUCGCAACUUUCAACCACAGAACUUCCACAAUACCUUAUCUACUCUCAUCUCCAACAAUCCGCCCCAAGUGCUAUCUCUGAUACCCCCACCAAGGUCCGAAUGUUCCCCCUGACGGCUGUGAGCGGGCUACAACUCUCUGCUCUGGGGCAUGGGACACCUUUGAUCGAAUACGGGAAACCGAUUGGGAAAAUUGAACCUGUUGCUGGCGCAUCGGAUAAGCGCGAGUGUUGGGUUAUUCCGUCGCUGAAAGGGGAUCCUGGAAGCACGGGGUGGCCGUUACCAGCAAAGAAGGUGGUGCAGAGGAAGGAUAGGAAGCAUGGGUGGGUAAUUGAGAAGUUUAUUAAGUAGCAUUAUUUUAUCUAUCGCUGUAUAUAUAUUCAUGAGUUGGGCUUCGGCUAUAUAAUUGGCGUUUCUGAGGGUACAUUUAGAGAGAUUAUCUCGGAUGAUUGAGAGGACCGUUGCACAUUUCAUAGUACAGAGUUAUAUUCAUGAAAUAAAAAUGAAUCCACAUAAUUUGAAGCCAGUCGUUGAUGCAUAGCUUAAUUUUCAAACGCUCUUAUCGGCUUCAACAAACCAUUGACGCUUCAAAACAAGCAGAGCAGACCUUCCCGCAAGAACGCCUUAAUGCGCCAAAUAAUCCACAACAGUUCAUAUCCAGAUAACACAUAAAGUACACGGCCUUUCCUCUCACCGGUCUCGCCGAGAUCUACUCUGAUACCCAUCCCGAUCCCGAUCCCGGUCCCGGCUCCGCUCCCGGUCUCGAUGCCCAUCUCUAUGCCCAGCUCUAUCACUUUCUCCUUCCCUUUCCCUCUCCCUCCCCACCUCCCUCCCCACCUCCUUCUUCUCCCGCCGCCUCCCACCAUUGCCACCCCACCUCCACUCAUCCCCCUGCUCCCCAUCCCCUCUAAUCCCCAAAGCCCUCCUCAACCUCUCGCUCUCCUCAAUCUUCGCCUCCGCCAGCUCAUGCACCUGGGGCGAAGGUUUGUAGAUAGACGUACGUGCGUAAGCCGGUGGAUGAAUAUGUGAUGACUUAUUACAGAGGUCGUUGGGCUUGCUGAUAUUUUCUCCUUCUCUCUCUCUUAUCCUGCCUGGUAGCUUGAAA